AUGAGGGCGGCCGUUGCUGGUGACUUCCAGCGAGAGCACGUCAACGACUUCCCUAUGAGGCCUGACAAGGGAUCGAUCGACCUAGGAUCGAUCGAUGCCCGAUCCUCGAAACCCCUGGUGAAGGAGGAUGACGUGGAUCGUGACAGGAGGCGCGAGUCCACGGAGAAGUCGAAGUCCGUAAAGGACAUGGAAAAGAAAAAGGAAAAGAAGAAAAAUCUCACGCGACAAGCGUUGGAGAAGCAUCGGGCGAAGUCCAGGCAGAGGGGGGAGCCUGAAGAAGAAUCCCCCGAUGAGGAUGAUGGCGGCGACGGUGACGACGACAGCGAUGAUUCCGAGGGGAUGGCGUCCUGUCUGGACCGGAUGCUCGAGGGCCCGCCUCAGAUCGGCGUCGACGUCCCGCGGAUGGGAGUCCCAAAGGGGGCGCCAAGCGGGUCUCGUGAGAGUCAACAGAGGGAGUCAUCUCCACGCCGCUCUCGCGCCGACACUCCCGUAGAGCCUGCACUAGGUCGGGCCGUUCCCCACCCCCAACCUCCUCCUGCGUCUAAGGCGGGCCACCGGGUUAAGUCCCUGGCGACGGGGCCGCUGACUCGUGGUCGCACCGCGGCCUCGAGUAAGGGGGAAAUGGAUCGCGGGAGUGCCAGUCCGGGCACUGGCCAGGCGGGAGAUGCCGAGUCGAGACCGGCGCCCGCUCGUGAGGGGCCCGGAGCCUCGACGCGGGGUGGCUCGAGGCCUGCUGGUCGAGGGACCGGUAGGCGGGUCGCCCUUCCUGUGGGGCUCCUCCAUUCCUUGGCCGUCGACUGGUGUCGAGGGAGCCCUGCCUCGUCCGUUGGUGGGGGAGUCCACCCCGCCGUCGCUGAAAGGAAGAGAGGAGAGGAAGAACGCGAGCGGGAGACGCUGCAACACCUGCAGGAGGGGCAGCAGCAGCCGCAGCAGGAGGGAGAAGAGGGAGAGGAGGGGCGGCGGCCAGAAGGAGCCCAGCUCGAGGAGCUGCUGGAGCAGGAUCGGCAGCAGGAGCUGCUGGAGCUUCAGGAGUAUCAGAAGCAGAGGAGCCAGCAAUUGGAGGCGCUGCUCGAGCCGCCGCCACGCAGUCUGGCCCAGCCAGAGCCGCCAACGAACAAGAGCCUGAGAUCAGGGAGGAGGGUCUGCCUGUCUAUGGUCCGCCGACCCUAG